UACAUUACUCUUUGGUUUGUUUUUUAUUUGCAAAUUAAAAAAGUUUAUUUUACCCGCCACUCUUCGAUCAUCUGUAAAUUCAAUGGUUAACCAAUAGGCUUGCUUCAUUAAGAGCUACUGUGUUUCAUUUCGUCUCUGAACUAAUUUAUUAUAAAUUUUAAGUUUUUAAUUUAUAUUGUGAUUACUCUAAUUCAACCAAUAUGAACGAAGAAGAUACUAGUUGUGAUCAAAGACUGAAAAUAGUGAAUAGAACAAGAGAAUAUAUCGUCUCUAAAAAGUUCAUUUGUUCUUCGGUGCCUUAUUUUGAGAAAAUGUUUUGUUGUGAUCUGUUGGAAUCAAAGGAAAACAAAGUGGUGCUGGAUUUUGAUGAACAUGUCUUCGAUUCUAUUCUGAAUUGGAUUCAUACUGGGUCGUUCUGGAUCAACAUGGAGAAUGUUAUUCUUUUUUACGAGGCAGCUGAUUAUUUGAUGAUAAAUGAACGUUUACUAAAACCUUGUUUGUCUUAUUUUCAUGAUAAAUUCACUAUUAAACAUCUUCCAUCUGUUUUAUCUCAAGUCACGAAAGUGUCGAAAUUGAUCAGCUCAGGAUCCAUUGAAAAUAUCAUUUGUCGAUAUUUCUUACAGAUAGUUAACACGGAUAUUUUUUUGAACUACCCGUUUGAAACAGUUGAAGCUAUUCUCAAAUUGGAUUUGAUGGUUUACUCUGAAUAUCAAAUAUUUGAUUCAAUAAUCAAAUGGGUGAAAAAAGCAGACUCUAGAAAAGAUUUACUGCAACAGCUGUUGGAUUGUGUCCGUUGGUGCUUCAUGGAUGCUGAUGACUUAUCUGUGGUUGAAAAUAAUGAAUUGAUCAAGGCUCUUCCUAAUUUCAAAGCAAUUAUAUCUUCUAACGUUGAAUAUGAAUUCGAUCGUUGUAAACAAAGGUAUUUUGUAUCCAUCCAGCAAAUGGACGAAAUGUUGAGGAUAAAAUUGUUCGAUGAUCAAUUUUUUUGUUCUGCCAUUGGUGAUUUUUCUAUUGAUUAUGAUAUGUGCCCUGAAUUUUUCCAUGAAGAACAUAUUUCAGAUAUUUUCACUGAAUCUGGAUCGGAUGGGGUCCGAAUUGAUUGGAUUAAAAAAACAUUUCGAUGGCUCUGGAUGGAAAAUCCUGGUGAAACCUACUACAGUGAAUUAAUGGACCUCAUCGUAAGCUUUUCCAAAAGUCCCAGAGCCUUUUCCUGGUACUUGGAUGACAAGGAUAUCAAAAUUCCUGAUGGUCCCAUACUACAUGAUGAAUUUUAUUUCCUUGAAUCUAAUGGUAAAUACAUUGUAAUAGGUAAAACUAAAGACAAGAAGUUGUUUGGUCUUUUUCCAGUUGAAAGUCAGAGGUGGUUCAAUAUUUUUGAAAGACACAAGCACUCCUUCCAUGCGACUGUUUUGGACCCUGUUGUUUAUAUAUUGACGAAGGAUCUCGAAUUUAUCCAGUUUAAUUAUGAAACUAAAUGCUUCAAUAAGAGUCAACCGUUUAAAAACAAGAAAUUCCAUUUCGAUAAUUUAAUUUUGACUUCUCACCCAAAAAACGAUGACAAAGUAAUUCUGAUUAAUAAAUCAACUGGAGCAAUUUAUGUUUUCUGCAUCAAUCAGGAGGAAUGGAUUGAAAAAUAUCAAAUCCUGGAUGUGCCCUUUUCUUCCAAUAGUUCAGGUUCUUCUAUCAAUGAGGAUGAUUAUCCUAUCAUUGCAUUCACUCCAGCAUUUUUAUCGAUGAAAUUUAUCAAACCUUUGUACGAGCAAUACACGCAUCGACUAUAAACUACCAUGUGCGCCAUUCUGUUCACCUAAAUUCCGAGUGCCAGCUGUAAACGCCAUUAUUCUCGAUAAUUCAAAUGUAUUUGUUACACAAUUGUAUUUUGCCUAUCGCUAAGCAUAGUUAACAUCCAUUAUAAUGGCCUUUUGCUUAUUUUGGUUGAACUCUUUCAUUUAAAAAACUGAUAUGCAAUGAUUGAGGUCUGAUUUACAAUAAAUGUUUCUUUGCUUUUAA